GGUCAGGAGAACUCGAGCUCAGGGGAAUGUGAUAUUACACGUGAUCUGCUGGGCGUCAACAGCUGGCUCUGGCCUCUUCCCCACCCCCAGGGCCUGCGGGUCCCAACGGCUGCCUUUGCCCGAGCCUAGCCUCCCAGGGCAGUGGCCACCGCUCGCCAUGGUGUUGCUGGGCACCUUCCUCUGCUGCCUGCUGGCUGCCUGGCUCUUCCGCCCGGGCCUCGGAGUGACCCUGGUGCCCACGGGUCGCGCUCCAGCUGUGGGACAAUUUUGGCAUGUGACUGACUUGCACCUAGACCCUAGUUACCACAUUACUGAUGAUCACACCAAGGUGUGCGCUUCAUCUAAAGGUGCAAACGCCUCUAAUCCUGGCCCUUUCGGAGAUGUCCUGUGUGACUCCCCAUAUCAACUUAUCAUGUCCGCAUUUGAUUUUAUUAAGAAUUCAGGACAAGAAGCAUCUUUCAUGAUAUGGACAGGGGACAGCCCACCUCAUGUCCCCAUACCUGAACUCUCCACGGACACUGUUAUAAAGGUGAUCACUAACAUGACAAUGACCGUCCAGAGCCUCUUUCCAAGCCUCCAGGUUUUCCCUGCCCUGGGCAAUCAUGACUACUGGCCGCAGGACCAGCUGCCAAUAGCCACCAGUAAGGUCUACAGUGCUGUUGCCAACCUCUGGAAGCCGUGGCUGGAUGAAGAAGCUACUAAUACUUUAAAGAAAGGUGGUUUUUACUCACAGAAAGUUGCAAGUAAUCCAGGCUUGAGGAUCAUUAGCCUAAACACAAACUUGUACUAUGGCCCAAACAUCAUGACCCUGAACAAGACAGACCCAGCAAAUCAAUUUGAAUGGCUGGAAAAUACACUCAACAACUCUCUGAAAAAUAAGGAGAAGGUGUACAUCAUAGCACAUGUUCCAGUGGGCUAUCUUCCUUACUCAACUGGUACCCCAGCAAUGAGGCAGUAUUAUAAUGAGAAACUGGUUGAUGUUUUCAGAAGAUACAGCUCUGUAAUUGCGGGACAGUUCUAUGGCCAUACCCACAGAGACAGCCUCAUGGUUCUUUCAGACAAAAAAGGAAAUCCAAUAAAUUCUGUGUUUGUGGCACCUGCUGUUACACCAGUGAAAGGAGUUUUAGAAAAGGAGACCAACAAUCCUGGUGUUCGACUAUUUCAGUACAAACCUGGAGAUUAUACAUUGCUGGACAUGCUGCAGUAUUAUUUGAACUUGACAGAAGCAAAUCUAAAAGGAGAAUCCAACUGGACACUGGAGUACAUCCUGACUCAGGCGUAUGGCAUUGCAGAUCUACAGCCGAGGAGCUUACACGGGUUAGCUAAGCAAUUUGCUACCUUAGAAAGCAAACAGUUCCUGAAAUACUACCAUUAUUUUUUUGUGAACUAUGACAGCAGUGUAACUUGUGAUCAGAAAUGCAAGACCUUACAGAUUUGUGCAAUUAUGAAUCUUGAUAGCACUUCCUACAAUAAUUGCCUUAAGCAGCGCUUUAUAAGGCACAGUCUCUAGUAUUCCAGCCAGAGCGGGAUCACAGCAUGGUGCUUCUGCCACCUGUUUGUGAACUGCUGGGUG